ACACUUUCCUCUCGUUGGAUACUAUACCUUUCUUGUUCCCCCCGAAACGGAAUUCCUGCUUCAUUAAGCCAACUCAGGGCCAUUCUCGUAAAUUCUCCAAACCCCCCCCCCCCCCCUCCUUAUAUAAUUCAAUCCCAUUCCUUCACCGCCUGUUAGUACAGUGGGUGUUCGUUUCAUUUUCGUUUUCUUUUCCGUUUUACUUUCAGCUUCACACGCUCCCGGUUUCUCCAAUUCCAAUUCGUAUCAAUCCCAAUGGAAAGAGGCGCUUACAGAGGCAGAGGCAGAGGCAGUGGCCGCUACGGUCGCGGAAACGGUGGCAGAGGGAGAGGCAGUGCCAGUGCCAGUGCCAGUGGCAGAGGGUUCCCUUCUCCGUCACAACCACGUUAUUCCCCAAGACCAAACCCCUCUUCCUCUGGUGAAUCUUCAAAACCGAAACACCCUCAAACUCAAAUUAAUCAAGAUUUUGGAUCUCUGAAAUUGUCAGAACAGAAAGUGGAAAAUAUAAUCCCACCUGUGCACAGACCUGACAAGGGUGGAACGCUAGCAAUUCGAACCUGCAAUCUUCGCGUGAACCAUUUUCGCGUUUUGUUCAAUCCCCAAACCAUAAUCAUGCACUACCACGUCGAUGUCAAGCCCAAGGUACCCGCGAAGAACAACCGGCCUCAGAAGAUUUCCAAGUUCGACUUGUCGUUGAUUCGAGAAAAACUCUUCUCCGACCUCUCGCUGCCGUCCGAGAGGACGGCGUACGACGGCGAGAAGAGCAUCUUCAGCGCGGUGCCGUUGCCGGAGGAAACAUUCACCGUCGACGUGUCAAAGGGGGAGGAUGAAAAAACGGUGGCGUAUUUGGUGACUCUAACGCAGGUGAGCCAACUGGAGCUUCGCAAGUUAAGGGAUUACCUAAGCGGAAGUGUGCUUUCCAUUCCCAGGGAUAUUUUACAAGGCUUGGAUUUGGUGGUGAAGGAAAAUCCCGCGAAACGCACCGUUCCAUUGGGAAGGUGCUUCUUCCCCUUUAACCCUCCGUUAAAAGAGAGAGACCUUCAGCCUGGGAUAAUUGCAAUAGGAGGGUUUCAGCACAGUCUCAAACCCACUUCUCAGGGUCUCUCUUUGUGCCUUGAUUAUUCCGUUUUGUCGUUUAGGAAGAAAAUGUCGGUCUUGGAAUUCUUACAAGCUCACAUUAAGGACUUCAAAGUGAGCGAGUUUUCCAGGUUCAGGAAACAAGUUGAGCAAGCACUUGUUGGGUUGAAAGUUAAUGUCACCCACCGUAGGACCAAGCAGAAGUACACCAUUGUGGCGUUGACGGCAAAUAUUACGAGGCAUAUCAAUUUCACUGUUUCUGACCCCGAGGGUCGGAAUCCUCCCAGGGAUACUACUCUCCUUGAUUACUUUUGGGAGAGGUAUCAUGUGGAUGUUGAAUACAAGGAUAUUCCUUCCUUGGAUUUUGGAGGCAAUAAGACAAAUUAUGUUCCUAUGGAGUUGUGUGUCUUGGUUGAGGGCCAGAGAUACCCUAAAGAGAAUUUGGAUAGAAAUGCUGCCAGGGAUCUGAAGAAUAUGUCGUUGGCGCAUCCGAGGGAGAGGGAAGCUACGAUACAGGCGAUGGUGAGGUCGAAUGAUGGACCGUGCGGCGGCGGUAUUAUUCAAAGCUUUGGAAUGAAUGUCAACACUUCGAUGACAAACGUGACAGGACGUGUACUUGAGCCCCCAAAUUUGAAGUUAAGUGAUCCAAAUGGCAGGAGUAUUAACAUGCCACUGGAUUCAAAUAAAUGUCAAUGGAAUCUACUAGGAAGAUCGAUGGUGGAAGGCAAGCCGGUUGAGUGUUGGGGGAUUCUUGAUUUUACCAGCCAGGAGUCUCAAUGGCGCAGAUUAAAAAGCAAACAAUUCAUUCAGAAGCUUAUCGAUAAAUACAGAAAGUUGGGCAUUGACAUGAGGGAGCCAGUUUGGUAUGAACCCUCUGACAUGUGGAAUCUUGAGGAUUACAAUUCUCUGUGCAAAUUACUUGAAAAAAUUGAUGAUAGGGUUCAAAAAAGGUGUCGACAACGGCUGCAAUUUCUUCUGUGUGUGAUGGCUGACAAACAUCAAGGUUACAAGUGCCUCAAGUGGAUUGCUGAGACCAAGGUUGGCAUAGUGACACAAUGUUGCCUGUCUGGUAAUGCCAAUGAAGCGAAAGACCAAUAUCUUACAAAUCUUGCUCUCAAGAUCAAUGCCAAAAUUGGAGGAAGUAAUGUAGAGCUUAUCAAUAGGCUCCCACAUUUUGAGGGUGAUGGUCAUGUUAUGUUCAUAGGAGCUGAUGUCAAUCAUCCAGCAUCUCGGGACACCAGUAGUCCAUCAAUUGCUGCAGUGGUUGCCACUGUUAACUGGCCUGCUGCAAAUCGCUAUGCUGCACGUGUUUGUGCUCAAGACCAUCGUUUUGAGAAAAUUUUGAAUUUCGGAGAUGUUUGCUUUGACCUUGUUUCGUAUUAUGAAAGGUUGAACAAAGUCAGGCCUGAAAAAAUUGUUAUCUUUCGUGAUGGUGUGAGCGAGAGCCAAUUUCAAAUGGUUCUUGGAGAGGAGCUACAAGAUUUAAAGGCAGUGUUUUGUCGCUCAAAUUAUUUCCCAACCAUCACUCUUAUUGUGGCACAAAAGCGACAUCAAACACGAUUUUUUCCUACGAGUGCGAGAGACGGGAUUCCUAGUGGCAAUGUGUUCCCUGGAACAGUUGUGGACACAAAAGUGGUACACCCUUUUGAAUUUGACUUUUAUCUUUGCAGUCACUACGGAAGCCUAGGUACAAGCAAGCCCACCCAUUAUCACGUCCUGUGGGAUGAUCACAAGUUUACUUCUGAUGCUUUGCAGAAGCUCAUAUAUGAUAUGUGCUUUACCUUUGCAAGGUGCACCAAACCUGUAUCUUUAGUUCCCCCAGUAUACUAUGCUGAUCUUACUGCUUAUAGAGGAAGGUUAUACUAUGAAGCGAUGCUUCGUAUGCAGUCUCCGGCUUCAGCUGCAUCUUCUUCAUCGCAUAAUGCUUCUUCCUCGGUUUCUUCAUCAGGCUCAAGUUUAAAUGAUCCAGGGUGUUACAAGUUGCAUGCUGAUGUGGAAAACAUAAUGUUCUUCAUCUGAAGUUGCUUCAUCUGCGCUUGCUUUGUGGCAGAAGAACUUUGUUCUCUUUUGCUUCUUGGGUAAAACUUCUCUGCUUCCUUUUGCAUUGGGACAAACUACUUUUCCUGCUUGAAAUAGUUUAGAAGUUUGUGCGUGAAUCUAAUGAGUCAAAGUCCUUGAAACUGUAUUGUCGUUCGUUAUAGUCCGUAAUGGAGUCUCUUAUUCAUGUUAUUUUAGUUGCCUCUGGGUUUGCGGUUGCCUCUAUAUACAUCGUAGCAGGUCUCAUGUGUCAUUGUGAAUGGGCUUAAAUAAAGGUGUUGACUACUGUUUUAAUAAUACGAUAUCUGUUAGCUGGUAUGUUAAUGGGUCAGUCUCAAAAUUUUUCCUGCUUUUAUGGGGUAAAAUUCCUGCUUAUUUUUUGGGCUAUUAAUUUUUCACAUUCACUUAUAAUGAUAUCAAAUGAAUGAAAAGGGGAGAGAGAUAAAAGAAAAAGAAAAGACCAUGUAAUAGAUGU